AUGGCAGAACGUCCCUUUUCUGUCCCAGGGGACCCCCAGGUGCCGGUGCUGUACGAGGUGGAGCGGACCCGUACAGGGAAGAGCUUCUCUGUUCGUUCUGUAAAGGCCAUCCAGCACGGAAAGCCGAUCUUCAUCUGCCAGGCCUCCUUCCAGCUCUCCCAGGGGAGCCCAGUGCAGCACCAGUUCACCAUGCCUGCCGUGCCGCCCCCUGAGGAGCUGCUGACGCAAGAGGAGCUCAUCCAGAAGUUCCUGCAGAAUCCUAACUUGGCGGAGAGAUACAGAAAGCAUCUCAACAAGAUUCAAGCCGAAGAUGUGCCGAUUGAUAUCAAACCCGUGAACCCGCCAGAUAUAUUCUGCUCGGAGCUGCAGGAGCCAAAGCAGCUCUUCUGGGUGCGAGCACGAGGCUACAUAGGAGAGACUGACAUGAAGGUGCACUGCUGUGUGGCUGCCUACAUCUCCGACUACGCCUUCCUGGGCACGGCCCUGCUCCCGCACCGGCAGUACCGCAUCAAGUUCAUGGUGUCCCUCGACCAUUCCAUGUGGUUCCAUGCGCCCUUCCGAGCGGACCACUGGAUGCUGUACGAGUGCGAGAGCCCCUGGGCUGGCGGGUGCCGGGGACUGGUGCAGGGACGGCUGUGGCGCAGGGACGGGGUCCUGGCGGUCACCUGCGCGCAGGAAGGAGUCAUCAGGGUGGAGCAAACGCCAAACCAGAGCAAGCUCUAGCUGAGGAAUUCCCCGCGGGCUGGGGCUCAGGCACGCCGAGGGAGGGAUCCCAGGACCAAAACAGAUGCGGGCAAGGCGCGACCUGGGUGGCAGCGGGAAGGAGCCUUGAAAGAGACUGGGCUGGAUCCAGCACUGCGGAGAAUGCUGGUGCCAGAGGCCCUCUGCGACGGGUGGGGACGAGCAGAGGCCCUGUGACCGACUGCCAGCUGCAUAGCACGUAACCGCACACUACGAUCGGCCACCCUUCACCUGCCUUAAAUAAAGCCGUC